AUGGAAGAUUUUAGGAGAUGCUUGGAGAGGCAAGAGAGAGAAACAAAUGAGAGAAGUCGUAAAGCAGAUGAAAGAAAUAUGUUGCAGAGAGAAGAAGAUGAACAAGUUGUCAUAGCAGUGGCUUUGCUUGAUGAAGAGAACCAAGGUCGCCGACGUGGUUCACAAGUCGGCCGUCGCCGGAAUAUAAUAGAAAUGCAAUUAACCUUACAAAUAUAUUGGAUAUGCAAGUAA